CUGGGCUUUAGGCGGCUCUCAAAGAGCGGAGCGUGGGUUGAUUGUCAAGCGGCAACGGAGAGGAGGGCGGAGAGAGUGGCUCGCGCCUUUGCAGCCCAGAAUGGAACAAUAGAGGCAGGGGCGAGAGCCUGAGCGCUGCUACGAAACAAAGAGCGGCUGAAGACACUUCCACGCCCCGCUCUCCACCCACUCUCCGUCUUCCCUUUCUCACGUCUCUCCGGUUUUGCUCUAACCUGCUGGAAGGGAAGAGGGCAGCCGGGAGCCCCACCGACAUCAAACGAGCCUUUCGAUGCCCAUCCACCCGCGCCAUUCUUCUACAAUUUCCCCAACAGACAAGAGAGACCUUGGGAAAGAUAUGCAUUCGUUCUUCCCCUUCCUUUCUUCUUUCUAAUUCCUCUGCUGCGAACUUGCUUUUGGUUGCCAGAACAGCGGACUUCGGAGAACGGGCGGACAAAAGGCUUUUGUCAACAGCUGCUUUGCAGGCAGCAUCUAAGAAAGUUAAGCAGAUGGGGAGUUUCUCUGGAGAAGCAGGGCGCCGCUUCUGCCGCCCCCGUUCUGCGAUUUCGGCCGAGGGAUGGCCCAGCUCGCCCUAACAUGCGGCCGCGCUGCCCUUCCGGCUCCGCUGCUUCCUACCUGCGUCUCGGUGGGGUUGGGGGUACUUCAUCCCCCUGCCGCCUCCCCCGUGGUCUCUACAGGGUUAGAGACUCAGCGACGAGCUUCUGCGCCGAGUCUGUGCUCGAUCUCCGAGGAAAACAAAACUGCAUUAUGUGGAUCUCACUCCUGGCUUUCCUAACGGUCGGGCUCCUCUCGCUGCAGAAAUGCCAGCGGCAUCCCGGCCCGGUCCUGGGAAUGAGUCGCCUGCUGGCGGUGAUUGUACCAGGCUCCGGGCAGCGCUCAGACAGCAGAUGUGUCAUAUCAAAUGCAGCAACAUGUACUGCCUGUCUUGCAGUGGGUCCUGAAUGUGGUUGGUGUGUUGAAGAGGAUUUUAUGGCCGGAACAAAGUUGAAACAAAGAUGUGACAUAGUUUUACAUUUAAUCCAAAGAGGCUGCAAGCCAGAUUUCAUAGAAAGUCCUAAAGUUGAUGUAAUAGUGCCCAACAAUGAGGCUAAUAUUCAAGUUAUACCAGGAGAAGCUUCAGUGCACCUGCGUCCAGGCUCUGAAGCAAGUUUUAUGCUGAAAGUCCGCCCACUGGAAAAAUAUCCUGUUGAUCUUUAUUAUUUGGUUGAUGUAUCUGCUUCUAUGCACAGACAUAUAGAACGAUUAAACUCUGUUGGAUUUGAAUUAUCUCAGAAGAUGGAAAAUAUCUCCAUUGAUUUGCAACUUGGAUUUGGAUCCUAUGUAGAUAAAACAGUGUCACCCUAUAUUAGUAUUCAUCCAAAAAGAAUCCAUAAUCAGUGCAGUGAUUAUGAACUUGAUUGUAUGCCACCGCAUGGUUUUAUUCAUGUUUUAUCGCUGACUGACAAAAUAUCAGAAUUCAGAAGUGUAAUUAAUAAGCAGAAAAUCUCUGGAAAUAUUGAUACACCUGAAGGAGGCUUUGAUGCUGUGCUUCAGGCAGUGGUUUGUCAGAGCCAUAUUGGUUGGCGUAAAGAAGCAAAGCGUCUACUUCUCAUGAUGACUGAUCAGACAUCUCAUUUGGCUCUUGACAGUAAAUUAGCAGGGAUAGUAAUUCCAAAUGAUGGAAAAUGCCAUUUGAAAGAGAAUAUGUAUAUCAAAGCAAACAGUAUGGAGUACCCAUCACUUGGCCAACUUUCUGAAAAGCUCGUAGACAACAAUAUUAACGUAAUAUUUGCAGUCCAAGGAAGCCAAUAUCACUGGUAUAAGGAUCUUUUGCCUCUGCUACCAGGAACUGUUGCAAAACAGAUAGAAUCAGAGACAGCAAAUCUUGGGGAUUUGGUAGUAGAAGCUUACAAGAAGCUGCUUUCUGAAGUGAAAAUUCAGGUUGAUAACACCCUCAAAGAUAUACACGUCAAAGUUACUGCAAUCUGUCCCGAUGGAAGUAGAAAAAUGGGUUCAGAGGGAUGCAAGAAUGUGAAAUCCUCAACUGAAGUAUUCUUUAAUAUUUCUAUUGCCAUGAAAGAAUGUGGUACAAUUGGCAGAAGAAACCACAUGAUGAUAAAACCCCUUGGUUUCAAUGAAUCCUCUAGAAUUAACAUCCACAAAAGAUGUGCGUGUCAAUGUGAGGACAGUGCAAAACACAAAAAAAUCUGCAUCAAUGAAACCCCUCAUGAGGAUGAAGUAUCUCCCUGCAAAGAUGGAAUCUGUGGUUCUAGUGAAAAAUUAUCUUCGGAGCAAUGUAAGAAGCAACAGGAUCAUCAUCUUUGCAGUGGACAAGGAGAAUGUGUACACGGGAAAUGCGUUUGCUAUAAAAACAAAUACGGUACAAUAUAUGGUAAAUACUGUGAAAAAGAUGAUUUUUCCUGCCCAUAUUACCUUGGAAACCUAUGUGCUGGCAAUGGAGAAUGUGAAGCUGGCAAAUGCAAGUGUUUUAGGGGCUGGGAAGGUGACCGUUGUCAGUGCGCCUUAUCUUUGCAGAAACACUGCAUGAACCCAAAUGGCCAAAUCUGCAGCAAAAGAGGAACUUGUGUGUGUGGGAAGUGCAAGUGUGCUGAUCCGAACAGCUUAGGUCGUUUGUGUGAAUUUUGUCCUUCUUGUAGAAAAGUUUGCAGUGACAUGCGCAAUUGUGAAUCCUGCCGACACUUCAACUCUUCACAUAACACACUUGGCCAAUGCAAAACCACUUGCAAUUAUAGAAUGCAUUAUCUUGAAAUAUCAGAAUGCCUUUCUGAUGAUCCAAGUUAUUUCAGAAUAUUUUUCAUUAUAUUUAUAAUAACAUUUUUGAUUGGUUUGCUUAAAGUGUGCAUAAUCCGUCAGAUAAUUGUAUAUUGUGACCAUAGUAGAAUCAAGUCUUCAGCAGGUUACAGAGUGCCUGCAGCCAAAAAGGAUAAGACCUUUUUGCCUACUGUUUGUGCAAAAACAGUAACUUACCGGCGUGACAAGCCUGAAGAAAUAAACAUUGACAGGAGACAAGUAAACGAAGCAUUCAAAUGUAGCUCUUGAAGACAAGAACCUAUUUCUUGAGGACUUUUGUUUUCUUAAAUGUUUUUUAAAAAUAUAUUGUUUAAUGCUGUGGAGUUUUACAAUUUUGAACACUGUAAUUUAAAAAAAACUAACUUGGAGUUCUAGUUGCACACUGCCGGGGUUUCAGAAAGAGCUGCUUGUUCAAAACAAAAACAAAUGUGCAUUAACUACUGUUUAAUGUAAUUAAAAUACUGGUUGCAACUAAGAUGCAUUUGGAUUAGCAGCCAGUUGAAUCCCAUUUGAUAGUGUUAGAAUAACAUUGGCUUAAUGGAAAUGUUCUGGAACUUGGAUUUUAUAUCGAUUUCCAAGGCCAUUCGGUAUUGUAGCACUUUAACAUAAUAUAACUUAUUUAGUUGUGUUAUAGAAUAUUAAUUAAAACAUUUGUGGUAAAAAUGCACUGUUCUCACUUUAGAAAUAGCUAACAUGGAUGAGGAUUAGAAUCACAAAUUCCCAAAUCUCAUUCUAGAAAACUGUAACUGACAGAAAUCAAUAAAUCAGCUACCUAUGGGUCUUCCUAUUCUGAACAUUCAGGACAAAGUGGAAGCAGGAAGAAAACAAAUGAAUUUUAAAAAUUGUUAGAAGGUACAGUUACUCUUUAUUCUUCCAACCUCGACGGGUAGCAAGCCCAGGAUUUUCUAAUUGCACUAGUUUCAAAGAAAGUGAAAAAGUAUGCUUUUUCGCUCAAAAUAUAUGAAAGUAAUUGUCCCAAACAUAUUUUAUAUGGCAGUAAUUGUCAUGGAACAUAUUUCCAUGGCAAUAUUGCUUGCCAAUGUUCAGAAAUGGUUAGAGGAGUCUAUUCUUCGUGACAGCUGAGUGUAUCUUAGAACAGGGGUCUCCAACCUUGGCAACUUUAAGGCUUGUGGACUUCAACCCCCAGAAUUUCUCCGGAAUUGUAGUCCACAAGUCUUAAAGUUGCCAAGGUUGGAGACCUCUGUCUUAGAAGGCAUCACUUGUCUGGGGAAUAUGAUUUUAAAAAAGUAAGAUGGUGGCCUUGACGAUAAAAAGAAGGUUUUUGUCUGCAUCAAGCACCAGUGUGGUCAUCAUCUUUAUGGUUUUGAUUUUUUUACUAUAGUCUGCAAACACCCUGUUUCCAAACGAAGCACAAAUCUUAUGAGUCAGGAAAUUGAUCACUAUAUAAUGUGUAUUUACUUUCUUAUUUGUAUUUAGUUUGCUUCAAAUUGGGAUAGAUAUUUUUUCCUGUAAAAGAUAGGAUUAAAUGUAAUGAAUUUUUAAAAUUAAAAUGUUAUAGUCAAAUACAGCGAAUUCUUCAUUUGUUAUGCAAAAAAAUAUGGUAAAGUGUGUUCAGUUGGAGUAAUUUUUUAUUGCUUUUGUUCAGAAAAAGGAGAGGGGACAAAUUUGCCAGAUCAGAAUAAAUCUAGAUCAUGACUCUGAUGGUAUGAUCCAAAUUAAAGCUACUCAACUAAAAUGAAAAUUAAUAUAUUUAAGCCCCAAAUUUUACCUGGAAGAAGUCCAACUGAAUUUAUUAGACAAGCUUAAUUUUUGGCUAAGCAUAGAGUAUAUAAAGUAAUAUUUAAGACUUAAUCAUACAUGAACUUCCCAUCCUAAUACAAUGUUGAUGGCAUUUCUGUUGGUAUCUUAUACUGAUAGCGAUUUCCAGGCCAAUUUGAAUAUCUGAAAAUGUGCACAUACCCCAUGGAUUAUUUUUAUUUUUUAAUUUUAACAUAACUAGGAAAUUGGGCAUAUGCUCUAUUAAUGCUUAAACUGCACAACUGCAGAACAAAUUCUAUUACUGGAAAAAUGUAUGUGUGGUUUUAGUUGGAUUGUCCUCAAGUCCCUAUUUUGCACGCUAAUGAAAAGGUACUAAGUGUUAAAAUAUUUUGUCUAGUACAAUAUCUAGAAUUUCUGAUCAGGCUUUUCUACAGUUUCCUAUAUAGAUACAACUAAAAUAAACCUAACUGAAAAUGUAUAUUUUAUAGUGUUUCCUGAUGCUUUUGUAUACUGUAUAUUGUUCUGUUUCCUUUGGGACUGUUUCCAAAAAGGUGAAUCAGUCAUGUUUUUGUGGAUUUAGAUUUUACUAUGUAGAUUCUUUCUAGGAAAGAAGUAUGCAGAGGACAAUAUCUUAUCAAAUUAAUAAUUUUAAAAAGUUGAAUUCCUAUUCUGUUUUACUAAAUACUUUGUAGUGUCUGUGACUAAUUCUUGUUUCCAUUUAUUUAUUGAUUUGUCACUUUAGUAUAUUGUGAGAAAGUCUAUUUUUCUAUGAGAGGUAUAAUAGUUUGACAUUAAAUUAAUACUAGAUUAUGCAGUCUCAA